GAGCAUUGACGUUAGAUUGCUUGCUCAAUUGAAGCUUUAUCACGAAUUCUACCGAGAGUUCCCAUCCGACAUUCAAGCGCACACUGUCGCAUAAAAUCAUUUUCAAUUGAGGACUAUCCCGCAAAUAACCAGUCAAAUCUCGAAUUACGUCAUCCUAGGCUUCUAUCGCCAUGCCGACACCCGAGUCCGAAGCCUUCCUGGCGAAGAAGCCUACAGUCCCUCCUACUUUCGCUGGAGUAGACUUCGACGACAACAAACGAUUGAAGCAAGCGCAAGAUGCCAUUAUCAAAGAACAAUGGGUGGGAGUUAUGAUGGGUCGGCUAGUGCGAGAGGAGCUGAGCAAAUGCUACUACCGCGAGGGUGUUAACCACCUCGAGAAGUGCGGUGCUCUAAGAGAAAAAUACCUCCAGAUGCUCAAGGAGUCCCGAGUAAAGGGCUACAUGUUCGAGCAACGACACGUCGCCCGUUCAACAAUAAGCAAGAAUGGAACGGAGCAAAUAGUUGACACUGAGUUGAGGCAGCCGAAGUAACGGAGAAGAAAGCAAUGAAUGCGUGUUUUGAACAGCCUAGAGGUCUUCAUGUGAGGCCAAUCUGGUGCGAUGGGAACUUCUCGAACACCUAUCAUAUUGUAUAUAAUCAGAAGCCUAACAUAUCAAAACAAAAAUCUCAGUCAAAUUGCCAUAAUUCAUACGUGAAACAUCC